AUGUGCCUGCGACCUCAGCUUUGUGUGUGUAAACCAGGAACAAAGGGUAAUUCCUGUGAGGAUACAGUCAUGCAAGACACAUCAUCUUCCACUGGAGGCCGGAGCCCCGUUGUUCCCCCGUGGCCCAUACCCCAGCAGGCUGCCCAGCAGACCUUCUCUCAGAAGGCGCAGGUCCCGCCGAAGGUUGGCCCAAUGACCCAGAUGGCAUUCACCAUCAAGCAGAAGCCUCCUGUUGGGUUACCUCAGCAGAUGCAACCACAGAUGAUACCCCUUUCAUCUCAGACACUGAUGAUGAAUCUUCAUCAUGGCCAAACACAGGAAUAUGUGAUCAAACCCAAAUAUUAUCCAGUAAAAAAAGUGAUUUCAGGAGAACAGUCCACUGAGGGCUCAUUACCACUGAGACUGAGCCAGGAUCAACUUGCAUCACCUUUUCAAUUGGGAAAUCACACUGGUCGCAUCAAGGUGGUCUUUACACCCAGCAUCUGUAAAGUGACUUGUACCAAAGGCAACUGUCAGAACAACUGUGAGAAGGGAAAUACCACCACCCUCAUUAGUGAAAACGGCCACGCUGCUGAUACUCUGACAGCCACUAACUUCCGAGUAGUUAUUUGCCACCUGCCGUGCAUGAAUGGAGGCCAGUGCAGUUCUAGAGACAAAUGCCAGUGCCCUCCUAAUUACACCGGUAAACUUUGUCAGAUCCCUGUGCAGACUGCCAAUACUCCAAAGCUGUACCAUCAUCCGCAACAGGUGAACAAGGCUGCAGGAUCACAAAUCAUCCACUCCACUCAUACUUUACCACUGACGAUGUCUGGGCAGCAAGGUACAAAAGCGAAGUUCCCACCUAAUAUAGUGAAUAUCCACGUGAAACAUCCCCCUGAAGCCUCAGUUCAGAUCCAUCAAGUUUCAAGAAUUGACAGCACAUCAACAGGACAAAAAGCAAAAGUACCUCAGCCAGGACAUCCACAGGUUUCUUACCAAGGUCUUCCGUAUCAGAAGACCCAGAAAGGACAUACUGCUUACACAAAUCAACAACCCAUUCCUCAUAUGUUUCCUGUUUCAGUUAAAACUCAGCUUGGGCGCUGCUUCCAGGAGACUGUUGGGACACAGUGUGGCAAAGCACUUCCUGGCCUUUCCAAGCAAGAAGACUGCUGUGGAACCGUGGGUACUUCCUGGGGUUUUAACAAAUGCCAGAAAUGUCCCAAGAAGCCGUCUUACCAUGGAUACAGUCCUAUGAUGGAAUGCCCACAAGGCUACAAGAGGAUCAAUGCUACGUUUUGUCAAGAUAUCAAUGAGUGUCAGUUACAAGGAGUAUGCCCUAAUGGUGAGUGCUUGAAUACCAUGGGCAGCUACAGAUGUACCUGCAAAAUGGGAUUUGUGCCAGAUCCUACCCUCUCAAGAUGCAUACCUGAUAAUCCUAUAGUUGCUGAAGAGAAAGGACCCUGCUACCGGUUUGUUAGUGCAGGAAAGCAAUGCAUGCACCCUCUUUCUGUUCAGCUCAGCAAGCAGCUUUGCUGUUGCAGUGUUGGCAAAGCCUGGGGCCCGCACUGUGAAAAGUGUCCGCUUCCAGGAACAGCAAAGGAAGAGCCAGUGGAGGCACUGACCUUCUCACAGAAAAGUGAGACUGAGAUGGCUGUGCAAGAAGUGGCAACUGCAGCCCCUGAUCAG